AUUAUCUUCUCAUCCAAUCCCCAGUUCCAGUGAGGCGCUUACUUUGCAUGAUGAGCAAAUCUCCAAUAUUGAAGAUUCACAAAUUGUAUUAUCUCCUCAUCCAAUCCCCGGUUCUAGUGAGGCACUUACUUUGCAUGAGGGAAUAAAUUAUGAGGAUAUUCAAAGUCCAAGUCUUAUUCAGCUAUACAAAAAAAAGGAACCAAAUGACCCUUUUCACUUUAUAUUAUUUAGGAUGACAAAUAUUUUGAUAAAUUUCAUAAUUGCUGUAGGCCCUUGUCAGCCAUGUACAAAUAAAUUUCAAUAUCCUGUUACUAACAAGAGGAGCAUGAAUAUAACCUAUUAUAGAAAGGUUAAUAUAGAUGGUUCCCUCAACCCCAGAAAUUGGCUAUCUUAUAGCACUACUUUAGACAAAGUCUUUUGUCUAUAUUGUAUUAUGUUUGGUGGCCCUAAGUCCAAUACUUUUUGGACUCAACAUGGGGUAAAUAAUUGGAAAAACAUAAAGCGUGACUUAGAGAGACACGAAGCAUCUUCUCUUCAUAAAGAUUGUGAAUAUGCAAACAUGACUUGGCUUGCAAAUAAACGCAUUCAAGAUCAUUUGCUAUCAAAUAAGCUUGAUAUAAUCAUGGAAAAUCGUAAUAUAGUUCAUAAUAUUAUCAAUGCCAUUAUGUACCUUAUAAAAUGUAAUAUAGCCUUUUGGGGUUCUAAUUCGAAUGAAGGUAAUUUUAUGUGUCUCAUAAAAUUAAUGGCAAAAACGGUUCCAACUUUACGUGCAUACAUGGAUAACAACGAAAAAUUGCGGAGAAAAAAAUCAGAUAAAAUUUCGAGACCUUAUAUAAAUUUACUGUCAUAUGGCCACGUGAAAAAAAUAACUGAAAUUAUUAAGAUAAAAAUAACAAAAAGCAUUAUUCAAACAAUUAAAGAGAAUCGUGCCUAUAGCAUCAUAUUAGAUGGAACAUAUGAUGUGUCUAAAAAAGAAUGCAUAGCUUUGCUUGUACGGUAUAUAGAAGAUGAUCUGCAUCCACAUCCUGUAUAA